GCCAACUCCCGGGACCGUCGGGGACUCGGGCGGACGAGCCCGCUCCGGAUUUUGAAAGUCUUUGGGAGUUCCAGCCGUGCCAAGUGUUGGAGAAAUCUUUCCUGCUCCUCUGACAGAGUGAAAAUAGCAAACACAACCCAGCGGUAGGCUGCUGAAGCACGUCGUCAGAGGUUUUGGAAGGUGACAAUGAAAUGCAAGGAAGUUACAUCUCUAAUGUGAAACUUGAAUGUUAGUGACUGCUUGCCAAAUUUUUGUGAAUGUGAAAUAUGACUUAGAAGCCUUGAUCUAUGAAGGUUUAUGAUGUCAACGGUUGCGACAGAAAGCAAACUCCAGCAGGCUGUGAGCCUGCAGGGAGUUGAUCCAGAAACAUGCAUGAUCGUAUUUAAAAACCACUGGGCACAGGUUGUGAAAAUCUUAGAGAAGCAUGACCCCUUGAAGAACACCCAGGCGAAAUAUGGAGCCAUCCCUCCAGAUGAGGCCAGUGCGGUGCAGAAUUAUGUAGAACACAUGCUCUUCUUGCUGAUUGAAGAGCAAGCCAAAGAUGCUGCAAUGGGACCUAUUCUGGAAUUUGUGGUCUGUGAGAACAUCAUGGAGAAACUCUUCCUUUGGAGCCUAAGGCGGGAAUUUACUGAUGAGACUAAAAUCGAGCAGCUAAAGAUGUAUGAAAUGUUGGUCACCCAGUCCCACCAGCCUCUGCUGCACCACAAGCCCAUCCUGAAGCCCCUGAUGAUGUUGCUGAGCUCUUGUUCCGGAACAACCACCCCCACCGUGGAGGGGAAGCUGGUUGUCCUGCUCAAUCAGCUCUGUUCCAUCCUUGCCAAAGAUCCAUCCAUUUUGGAACUCUUCUUUCACACUAGUGAGGACCAAGGGGCUGCCAACUUCCUCAUCUUCUCCCUUCUCAUUCCCUUCAUUCACCGAGAGGGGACUGUUGGCCAGCAAGCCCGGGAUGCUUUGCUCUUCAUCAUGUCUCUCUCUGCUGAGAACAGCGUGGUGGCCCAUCACAUCGUGGAGAACACCUACUUUUGUCCAGUACUCGCCACUGGGCUCAGCGGUCUCUACUCUUCCCUGCCUACAAAGCUGGAAGAGAAAGGUGAGGAAUGGCACUGCCUUCUGAAAGACGACUGGCUGCUCCUCCCUGCCCUCGUCCAGUUCAUGAACUCCCUGGAGUUUUGCAAUGCGGUGAUCCAGGUGGCUCAUCCCUUGAUUCGUAAUCAGCUUGUCAAUUACAUCUACAAUGGAUUCUUGGUACCAGUCCUGGCUCCUGCUCUCCAUAAGGUGACUGUGGAGGAGGUCAUGACCACCACUGCCUACCUAGAUCUCUUCCUGCGCAGCAUCUCCGAGCCAGCUCUGCUUGAGAUCUUCCUCCGUUUUAUCCUGCUGCACCAACAUGAGAAUGUCCACAUCCUAGAUACUCUCACGAGCCGAAUCAACACCCCAUUUCGGCUUUGCGUGGUGUCCCUGGCAUUAUUUAGAACUCUCAUCGGUUUACACUGUGAAGAUGUGAUGUUACAGCUGAUUCUAAGGUACCUGAUCCCCUGUAAUCACAUGAUGCUGAGUCAGAGGUGGGCUGUGAAGGAGAGAGACUGUUACUCUGUUUCCGCAGCCAAGCUGCUCGCCCUGACCCCUGUCUGCUGCUCCAGCGGGAUCACCCUGACGCUCGGGAACCAAGAGAGGGAUUAUAUCCUCUGGUCCAAGUGUGAGCAUGAUGGUUCAGGGGCUGCGGAGGAGCUGCUCCCCGAGGCCUUCUCUCCCUCGGCCUGCAUCGUGGAGUACGGGAGGGCCCUGGACAUCAGCUACCUGCAGUACCUCUGGGAGGCGCACACCAACAUCCUGCGCUGCAUGCGGGACUGCCGCGUCUGGUCCGCCCUGUAUGACGGAGAAGCCCCCGACCCCGAGACAUUUCUCCAGAGCCUGACAGAGGAGAGUGCCCCCCCUGCCCCCCACCCUGUGUUCAGGCUCCCGCAGCAGCAACCUGGGAAGACAGGGCCUCCGCCGGCUCCCAGGAAGGAGAAGGGCCCGACCGAGCUGGAGUGGGACGACAGCUACGACACGGGCAUCUCCUCGGAGGCGGAUGUGGGCUCCCCCGGGCCUGACGACGACCUGGAGCGCUCCGGCCCGCCCGCGCCCAUCGACCCCCCAAAACACAUCCAGGAGAUGAAGAAGAACGCCAUCCUGCUCUUCAAAGGCUCCUACAUCGAAGAGUCUGACUUUCAGGACGACGUGAUGGUGUACAGGCUGUGUGCCGAGAAGGAUGCCGAGGACACGCCGAAGCCGCCAGAGGAGGCCGCCAGGCCCGCCUCCCCGGCCCAGACCCGGCCUGAGCGUCCCCCCACCAACAACGAGCCCCUGCCCGGCCCUCCGCCAGACACAGAUCCAGGGGAGGGAGCCGGUAGGGGCACGUCUGACCUGCUCGAAGAGGUGUCCGAGGAGCCGACACAAGAGGACGAGCCCGCAGCAGGCCCAGAGUGGACCUCAGAGGUGGCCGCCCCCGCCGCCGAGGCAGAGCACAGGCCAGACCCCACGGUCACGGACCCGGAGGGGGAAGAUUUCAUUGCUCAGUAUGACCAGAUCAUUAGGGAACUGGAUUCUGGCACGGAGGGCUUGACAGAACAGAAUUUCUCCUCUGCCGAUCCCUUGCUUUUCGCAGAGGAGCCGGAGGGGGAGGUUGAAGAGAGCCAAGGUGAGGAGCAGGUGGAGCCAGAGGAGGACGAGGACGACUUUGACUCUUUCUUAGUGGAGACUCCUGCUGUGGAGACCGUGCUGUCCCCCUUUGGGGUGCGAGACGAGACUGCCUUUGCCAGUCACCAGCCCGUGAGGACUCAGAGCACCCCCUUCACAGGCCCCUUCAUCAGCGUGGUUCUGUCCAAGCUGGAGAACAUGCUGGAGAACUCUCUGCAUGUUAACUUGCUGCUUAUUGGCAUCAUUACCCAGCUGGCCAGCUACCCCCAGCCCCUCCUGCGUUCCUUUCUGCUCAACACCAACAUGGUCUUCCAGCCGAGCGUCCGCUCGCUCUAUCAGGUCCUUGCAUCUGUGAAAAACAAGAUAGAACAGUUUGCGUCUGUGGAGAGAGACUUCCCGGGACUCCUCAUACAAGCCCAGCAGUACCUGCUCUUUCGUGUGGACAUGUCCGACAUGACCCCUGAGUCACUCACCAAAGAUUCCACUCAGGAGGCUUCCAGGACUGGAAGCAGCAAGAACCUUCUGGAUGGUCCCCCAAGAGUGCUCCAGCCCUUCCUGACAAACAGAGCCAAAGUGAUCGGGGCGCCCCCCAGCCUGCCCCUGCCCGUGAGGAACACCAUGCUGGCCGCUGCCCUCUUCCCGGAGUUCCUGAAGGAGCUGGCCGCCCUGGCCCAGGAGCACUCCAUUCUGUGCUGCAAGAUCCUGGGAGACUUGGAGGAUUGUUGCUAGCUGUUGGUUUUUUUUUUUUUUUUAAUAGAGGGUCCUGUUUUUUAAGGUUUUAGUAUCUUGACUGAAUGUUAAUGCAAAGCUGCUUACGACAAUUUCUACUUUGAUAUUUCCUGAAAAUACUUGAUUUGUGGAGAGGGACUUCUCUGCCUCCCUCCUCUCUCUUCUCUGGCCGGGUCUUUCCACCGUACGUUGUACAGAAUGUAAGUCUCAUAAGCUGGUGGCUCCUCUGCUCAGUUUCCCCUCCUCCUGUUUUCUGGUUGUUACUCCCCCGCCUGAGUCACUCGCCUUGCAGCUUAGAUCACACCAUGUGAAUAUUGGGCUUUAGCGGCUCCUGGGAGUGUCCCCCUCAGAGGCUGGCUCUUCAGCAGCACGUGAAGGACACGUGUCUGCUCCUGCUGCCUUCUGCAUGUUGGCUUCCCUGCACAGAGGGGAGUGUGGCGACGCGCGUGGGGCCCAAGUCAUACGUUCCUUUGGGUUGUCUCCUGCAGACUUGCGUUCUGCGGCCUUCUGCGCAGGCAAGUCCAUCGGUCCCAGCUGCCGCCUGUAAGUCCCAUAGAGCCCGACAGAAUCUGGAACGCGGGGAGUUUUUCUGGUUGCCUGAGAGCUUUCUUUAAUCAGUGUAUCACUGCCUACACGCUGCACGUUGCCUUAUUUUAGUAAGACUUGCCCGCACCUGAAAUACACCUAUGCACACAGUUACUUCGGUAUUUUUAGUUUGAUCAGAUGAAGAGUGUGGGGUGUCAUGUAACUUGUGGAAGAAGACAGCCAUCAUUAUUUUUUGUUUUAUGGAAAACAAACACAUUAAUUUGUGAAGCUAUUUCAUAGUGGGUUUUUUUUGGGGGGGGUAAGUGUGGAGUGUGGGGGGACAGGAUGAAAGCAAACUAAAUGCAACCUGUAAAAACACUGGUAAUUACUUUAACUUGUGUUUGCUUCGUCUAAUCUGUUGCACUUUGUAGAGAAACAGGAGGUGUCGGUCCCUCUGGGCGCUGGGGUGGGUGCAGACAGGCCACGGGGAGCGGGCCCUGCACAGCCCAGCGCCUGCUGGUGACUCACUGCGCACAGAAACCCUACCUUCUGAGUAAUGGGGUUCAUGAGAAGGCCCCAUAGGAUGUGUUAGCCCCUCUCGGCUGCUUUUCAGCCUGCUCCGAGAGAUGCAGUCACGCCGAAAGCGGUGAUCUCAGUCCGCCACCCAGACGGGGAGCACCCAGCGUCACUGCGGGUGAAGAGGGAGCCCGCAGACAACUGACAGUGGAGGAUUUUCAGUUCUUUUCCCUGGGGGCAGGUGGGAAGCAGGGGCCUCUUUACUUGGAGGGAAGCUGGAAGCCCCAGCCAGCUAUUCUGUGGGGGGGCAUCCCGCAGAGCCUAGCUGCGUCCGCGGGUGCGGCUGUGCCUCAGGAGCGCUGACCGGGGUGGCCACAGUCGUGUUCCCAGCACAGGUGGGGCGUGGCAGAAGGGUCUGCAUCUGGGAGACCCUGCAGGGCAGAGGCUGACCCUUUGUGUCCCAGGGAUCUUGGAGCAGCUGUGCGUGGAGAGAAACAGCCAGCCGUGGCGUGAAGACCCCAGGAGACGUGCCUGGGCUGCGUGACUCUCAGGAGCCAGCCUCAUGGUGCCUGAGUCUAAGCAAGAAGCCAAAGAUACUGAUUCUUUCCACACUUCUCGCUUCACAUUCGUGGGUUCUAGAAAACCGGUUUGCCCAGCUGCGUUGCAGCAGCAGGCCUGGCUUCACCUGGAUUGGCACCACCCGCCAGUCUCCGUUAGACAAGCAGGUGGCUUCAGGUAAAAAGAGAGAAAGGGGAACAGAGAGCUGGAAGGUAGGCUGUAAUUUAUUAUCCCUAGCGUUGUUUUGCACAAGUAUUUGUCUUCCAGUUUUGACUUAACCAAGAAUGUAAAAUGCUGAAGUCCCAUCUGGAAAAGGUAUUCUUUAGCUUUGCAGUGUGAUUUGCUCUUCUCUCCAUGGUCUGGUGACGGUGUCGAGUCUUCCUGAGUCCAUGUUGCUUUAUGACAGAGCGCCACGGUCCUCUGUGGAAGGUACCCGGGGAAAGAGAUUGAUUUGAGGAAGACACUUAAGUGUUUUUGAAAUAGGUGCGGAGGUAGACUGACUUUACAGGAGACCGAGAUGUCCAGGGUUCGGGGUGAGAGGCAGGGAAGUUUCACUCCCAGGGUGGGGUGCUGGGAGCAAACCCACAUGACUCAUCGCCCUCCCUAAUGUCCUGUUAGGAAGUGGAAAUGGCUCAUGUUCUGAAUCCAUCUCAGCUGCCUCCUACGGAGCCUCAGGUCCAGGGUUUUUCAAUAUGAAAUCAGAAAACUGACCUGGAAAUACAUUACAGAGAAUCAGAAAACCCUCGUGGCUGAAUGACAUCGGCAGGUGGGUUAGGUGAGGGUGGCUGAGGGCAGGGGGUGGACAUGCCAGCGGUAGACCAGCAGAGAUCUGAGGCUCCAGGAGGAGAAGACAGGCCCUGAGGGGCUGGGGGGGCACUGAUCUAGGCAGAUAGGAAGGGGCCGUACUGCAGGUGACUGACACAGGAGUUCCUCAGUGGGAAAACAGAUCCUGGUAAUGAAGUAGAAUAUUCCAGCCAGAAGGUAAUAGGCGAGGCCCUUAUAAAUACCAUUUGUUGCAGUGUGUUGGGGAGGACGAUUAAAACUAGCUGGCCUGCUUGUGGAUACGUGUGGAAGAGUUCAGGGGACAAGUCCAGGCUUGCUGGACAACAGUGGGCAUAGCCCUUUGGCUCUGUCCCUGAGGGUGGCACUGCCGUGGCUUGACUGAUGGUCCGGGCAGGAAGGCGAGUCAGGGGCUCCUGGAAUGUCACAGCAUCAACCUCCAUUCAUAAGACUGAGUUUGUGGCUCACCGCCCCGGGAUAGUUAAUACUGGCUUUUGGAAAUGGCUAAGUAAAUGUUUUUAAAAUGUUAAAGAAAUUUUAGGUUGAGUUUAGCCUAAAAUACAUUUCAUGGGGGUAAAUGAACAAUUUUCCUGCCAUGACACGGGGAUGGUGGCGCAGUUAAGUAGAAAUGUGAUUUUAGCAACAGGUACUCUCCUCCCGGGGUUUACAGGACUCAUGGCACAUGCCCCACUUUACUUGGGAUUCUUCGGGAAACACCGCGGAGCACCAGGUUGGAACUGGUAUCUCCAUCACGUGUCGGGAGGGUGCCUUCAGUUCUUUAUGGGUCCUGAAGAAUGGAUCCUUAGCAGGUGGCUUUUAUUUAGGUCAGAUGUAGUGAUUUUCAGCCCAAGAAGACAUCACGAGGCCAGGGUGUUGUCGGGGAAAGCAUCCUCUUGGGACAAGAAGGGGAGACGUUAAUAUUUGGGUUGCCUGUUCCAUUUGGGCCUCCCAUUUCUCAGGGUUGGAAGAUGUCCCGGACCAGCUUGACAGCCGAUUACCAGACCCCUUUAGAGUAUUGGGGUUGUGGAGGGGCUGCCCCGCUGAAUCCGGAUCAGUGUGCCCUAGUGGCUUUUGUGGGGACGUGCUGCUCUC